AUGAAAUUGUAUAUUUUGUUCCUGGUUGCUCUUACUGUAACGGUUUUGGGAGCCCCAAGACACAAGAGAAGCAGCAGUAGCAGUAGCUCGAGCAGCAGCAGUAGCAGCAGUAGCUCAAGUGAAGAAGUUUCCGGAACAGGCGGCCUGCCCGGUGUGCCUGGUGUGCCCGGUGCACCCAGUGUUCCAGGCGUCCCAGGUGCACCAAGUGUUCCAGGAGUGCCAAGCGUGCCCGGCUUGCCAGGAGGCCAUCAUCACAAACACCACAAACAUCAUAGACAUCAUGGAUUACCGGGACCAUCAGAUGUGCCUAAACCACCAAGCCCCUCAAGCGCCGUGCCCAAACCAGCUGCUCCAAAGGCUGAUGCUCCCAAACCGGCUGGAAAUCAAGGACUUUCCCCCCAAAAUCAACAAAUACAUUCUUUUGUUGUAAUUGACCCAUUAUCAAUCAUUGCAAAUGUUGUAUCGUUGAUCAAGUUUUUUGUAUGG